GAGACACCCGAAAUAUCCCGAAAUCAAGGGCCACCCGGUGCCAUGCCACUUCCGCCGGACGCACCACCUGGCCAUCUCGCGCAUCAGCGCGUGAGGUUUGACAGAUCCACGGAACGGGCGGCAUUCUCUUACCAUGGCAUUCACUUUCAGACGACAACACAUAAAUCUGGUUCCCAGGAGGCAGCCGAAGUUCUGGCGAGAGCCUGCUGGAUGGAAUUUGAAAAGGGCAAGGUGAAGGCCGACGUACUGCUGUUCCGCGAUGAGUGGUAUGAAAGACUUGGAUCCGAAGGGUCACCAGUGUCAAGCGGGUCCAGCAACAAAAAAACCCAAGAUCCAAAGAGCCAUCGGAGCCUUCAGCGAAAAGGUCCAGGCCUUCUGCACGGCCCUUCGAUAACGACAACCGAGAGCUCUCGCAGAUCGAAGAGAUGAAGAUCAAUUUAGGCGGUUCGUCCAGCACUCGAAGGUACCCUGCGUACCCUGGGCGCGAUCCGCUGCAAGAUCUGGCAGAUGAUGAUAUGCACCAACGAAUGCUGAGCGCAUGUGCGCGGAGACCCUGGUGAAACAACUCACCCGGGGUGAACAUCCCAAGAUAUCUAGGAUGGGAGCAUUCCGAUUGUGGUUUUUCAUGAAUAAUUAGGGAUGUUCACAAUAGCAUUUGGGGUUUCGGACCCUUACUCAAAUGCUCCAGGUAGCUCGAUGGAAAUCAAAGAAUAUCCAUGUCCAACUGCGAAGCAGUACUGCCUCACUCGUUUCGACCCAACCUGAGCGGGUGCGAAAAGAGACGAAAA